AUGUACUAUCUACAACAUCUAGGAAGUAAUAAAUAGAGGAAUCAAUCGAGCACCAUAUCAUCGGGAACAUAUGACUAUGAAUGAAGAUUUGUAUGAUAUAAAUGCUGAUCAGCUCGUCCUGCAGCAACUGCAACGUGAUCAUUUAAAUCCCGGCUGGUCACCGGGGUCCCAUUGGGACAACAUUACUGCGCGAAACAUCGAGAGACGACCUGCGCACUCCGGUGCCCGUGGGCGGGCCGGGGCUUGGCUCGUGGUUCUACGCUUACGGCGUGGCGACGUGGAUAGCGGAAGGCUGGCGCUGCACUCCGUCGCAGGGAGCGCGCUCAUGUUAGCGAACUGCGACGCGUCGCGGCUGCCCCUUCCUGGCGUGGGGUGUCCAUGUCUGGGCUUUCGGAUUGUGGACUAGAGACAGACUUCAGCGCGCGUCCUGUGUUGGCUUCGGGGCUUCUCCCUCCUGGCGCGGAGGGUCUCCACCGGUCUACACCACACCACUGCCGGCCCGGAGUGGCGCCUUCUUGACGUGCUGCCUGUGCUGCGUGAGUGCCUCUGCGUCUGGAAGGUGGGCGCCUGCCUUUUCUGUCGGGGUGCUCACUCUGGCACUCCGCUGCGAGAGUGAUGCGAGGGCGAGCGCUCGCUAGCUGAGCGCCGUUCUUGAGUUGACCCAACUGCUCUGCUCGACCUCUCUCGGUUCUGCGAGUGACGGACUGGCGCCAGAAUUCCAUGCGUCUUUUUGGUCUUGGUUUAGUUACGCUACUUGUUGGGCUUACCUUUACGCUUAUUCGGGAUUGCGGGUCGCGUUCGGUGAUGCUUGUUUGGCUUUUCGGAAACUAUACGCGCGAGCAGUGGCACUGUGCAGGGUGCCGCCGCUCCCUCCUCGCGCAAUUUGUGCGGGCUUGAUUGUUGCCGUCUUUGAGCUUACGCUCCGAACUACGACGCAGCUCGCCGCGGGGGGGUCUGGUGCUUUGGGGCUGCCAUGACGCGGCGCGCCGGCUUUCGACUAAAUUCCUUCGCUGAUGUUUCCCUACUUGUUUCUACCGCUGCACCUGGUUGCCCUUCUUCGGUGUUGGUUUGAGGCCUCAGGCCUCUUCCUACCAUGACGGAACCGGCAAACGCACCCGGACCGCGGCGCCUCUUGUUAGGACUCUCCUGCAUUUGCCUCUACGGCGGGCUGCGCUUCAGCUUCUGCCUUUUGGCCGUCUGUAGGUCUGUGGAUGGCCGUCUUUCCUUCUCUUAAUCAUAAAAAUAAAGAUAAUGAUCAUUAACAUUAUUUGUCUCAUGACGAUGAUGCGCAUUCGAAGAGCCCACGCGCGGGCGGCAUAGGGAGGUGAGGCAAGAACUAGUGACGUCGAGGCCAUCCUUGUGCUCCAAACUCCUCGUGGGAGGAUGAGUCACUUUAUGCUAUUUCUUCAGAUUUUCCGACAUUUUCAUGGCCUCUAAAAUCAAGCCAGAAAUCUUCUAAUUCUAAUUCUAAUGAUGAUUUGAAAAUAUAGAUGCGAGCUUUUUGGAUUCAAUGUAGUACCAGUACCAGCAGAAGUUUAUAUCCAUGAUCUCUAUCACUAUAAUACACGUGCUAUAUUCGGGUAGUUGUAACUGUAAGAAAGAUAAGUCUAGCUUCGGUUGGGAGCUCGAUCCUUGUUCUCCUCCCGUGAUGAGUAGAGGGCGAAGACGGCAGUAUGGGAUGGCACGUUAUUCCGAUGGAAGCCAGCUGCUUUCUACAACUAGGGCUUCACCCAUUGUGCAUAUAUCUGCCAUCUGGAUUCAUGAGAUUUUAUAAACUUGUACAUCUACACAGCUAGUAGUGCUCCACAGGGGACACGGACGGAGCCCCGGAAGCCGCAGAUUGAUGCUAUGCUCAAAUAGCUCCUACUACGUUUCAAAGAAUAAAGAAGAUCAUGGAGAUGCAGCUCAUUAUUUUGUUUUCCUUACACGCUGCAGUUGCAUCUCUCUCAAAAGACCUACAAAAAUGCUAUAUCUACGCAGAAGAACAUGAACACAAAGAUGAAAAUGUACACCUAUUCGUGUGUGUGACAGCGUUUGUCGAGGCGACGAGAUGCUGCGCACGACUUGACUAAAUGGACUAUCAUGCUACUAACAUAUACGAGAACAAAUCUCAAUCAAUCUGAGUCGACGGGAAAAUUUUGAUCAUAAUUCAAAGAAUAUUUACAGAGAAGAAAAGAUCUUGACACGCUGCGGCGCGUCGCUGGGCGUGUGCUUGCGUAGUAAA